AUGGCUGUUCCGAGACGUGGUGGUAAUGCUGGAGACGGCGGAACCGGUGGCCCCGUUUCUCCCUUCAUCAGGAGAGACAAGUACAGGCGGAAUUUUUUGAGGGCUCGACAAUCCGGGAAGGGUACUCCUAUCUCUGUUAAGAAGGAAGAUCCUGAUGCUAUACAUGCGAGGGAGAGUAGACUGCUAGGUGUUGAAAUUGCCAAUGGGUCCAAUGGUUCUGGGGCUUCUGUGAAGCGGGAAGGUGAAGUGGAAGAGUACAACGAAUUUCCGUUGAGAGCCAUUUCUAGAGAAAAGUUGGAAAAUAUGAGGACGCAUCUUUUGAAAUUCCAAAGUAAGAAGAAAAUCGAUUUUGAAACUUCAUUCCACGAACCUAUUAGAUUGCACAGGAAGGAUACAAGAAAUCUGCAGUUUCAACUGACUAGGGCAGAAAUUGUCCAAAGACAAAAGGAAAUAGCCGAGUACAAGAGACAACAGGAGGAUGAGAAGAAAAACGGUGGCAUAAAUACCCAACCUUCAACUUAUCCUGGGAAACUAGCUCAGGCUCCUACUCUGGGAUCGACCUCCACUCCAGCAGGCUCUCUGACGCCCGGUGUUGUUCCAAAGGCAACCACCCCAGCUGAGCCCAAUGGUACCCCGGGUAGUUCAACUGCUGUACCAAAUGUGCCGAAUGGCGUAAGUGGUCCAGUGCCUAACGAAGACGGCUCUGUUCCAAUAGUCACACAGUUGGAGGAGGCCGGUAUCUCGGAGCACCCAGAGAAAGUCGGUAUGGUAAAGUACGAUGGGAAGGAGGAAGCGGAAGCUGAAUUUGCACCAGGUACCACAGAUCCCUUUGCAGACGUUGCCCCAGACGGUGGUGGACGUGCCAGAAGAAUCAAUCCAAAGAGGAAAACUCGUCAGUUGAAAGUGUUGGACGAGAACGCCAAAAAGUUACGGUUUGAGGAAUUUUACCCAUGGGUCAUGGAAGAUUACGACGGGUACAACACUUGGGUUGGUUCAUACGAAGCAGGUAACUCCGACUCUUAUGUAAUGCUGUCUGUGGAAGAUGACGGUAGUUUCACGAUGAUACCCGCUGAUAAAGUCUAUAAAUUUACUGCGAGAAACAAGUAUGCCACGCUGACGAUUGACGAAGCUGAAAAAAGAAUGGAUAAAAAAGCUGGGGAAGUUCCUCGUUGGUUAAUGAAGCAUUUGGACAACAUCGGUACCACCACGACAAGAUAUGACAGAACUAAGAGAAGAUUGAAGGCUGUAUCUGACCAACACGGUGCUGAAGGGGAGGAAGAGCACGGCGAUAACUCAGAAGUAGAACUGGAUUACGAUGAAGAAUUUGCUGAUGACGAAGAAGCACCUAUUAUUGACGGUAACGAACAAGAAAAUAAAGAGUCUGAGGAAAGAAUUAAGAAGGAGAUGUUGCAAGCUAAUGCAAUGGGCUUGCGUGAUGAGGAUCAAGGCUCAGGGAACGAGGAGGAUGAUUUGUUUACCGAAAAAAAGAUUGAUGUGGAAGGUGAAAGAAUUAAGAAAGCACUACAGAAAACUGAGUUAGCAGCUCUGUACUCUUCAGACGACGAUGAAAUAAAUCCGUACCUAUCAGAAUCCGAUCUUGAAAAGGAGGAAUCGAGCAAAGGCGAAGAGGAGAAGAAAGACAAGGACAAAGCAGAUUCUCCCAAGAAAGGGAGGUCUCCACAGAUCAAAAGGGAAAGAUCCCCAUCUGUUAAGUCGGUUCCUCCAAUAAAGGUGAAAAGCAUAAACGAUUGUUUUGUGAUAUUAAAGAGUGAGAAAAGCGUAUUACAAAACUUCCCUCAAGGCGAGUGGAAUCCAACGACAAAGCGCGUGAGGGAAGUCUCCGAAAUUCACACGGAUUCGAACUCUCCAGCACCAAUUGUUAAACAGGAAGAACCGGAAGCCAAGAAAGUAAAGGUGGAAAAUGGCAACGAAAUCACGCCUCUGAUCAGCGAACAGGACAUUAUAGAUGCUAUUGGUGAUGGUAAAGUCAACGUCAAAGAUUUCGGGAAGACUAUUAGAAAGAGGUUUCCCGGUUCUGAGAACAAAAAGCUAAUGUUCGCAAUCGUUAAGAAACUGUGCCGUAAAGUCGAUAAUGAGCACAUGGAACUGAAAAAGUAG